ACGGUUCUUUUAUUUUUAUUUUUAAUUGGACAUCAAAACACAGGGGAAUCACGCAUGUGGAGGCGCAUGCUCUGUAGCCUCGCGGUCGCACUACAAUUCCCAGAAUGCACCGCGACUAGGCGGUCGCUUCCGGUAGUGAGUCCCCGCCUCUCUCCGGAGUGGACCUUGGUGGUGCAGUUAGGAUCUUCUGGCUGGUGUUUGGAUUCUAGCUCAUUUCUGCAGACUUCCUCCGCCCGGGGCCCAGCGCAGUGGAGACAGGUUGCGCGUGGGCAACAUGAAGCGCCUGGGCUCGGUGCAGCGGAAGAUGCCGUGUGUGUUUGUGACGGAGGUGAAAGCUGAGCCUUCAGCCAAGCGGGAGCAUCAGCCAUUUAAAGUUUUGGCAACUGAAACUCUAAGUGAAAAGGCGUUAGAUGCAGACGUGUACAAUGCGGUUGCAACAGAAAAAGUGGAUGGAACAUGCUGCUAUGUUACUAACUACAAAGGUCAGCCAUACCUUUGGGCUCGACUAGAUAGAAAACCUAACAAGCAGGCUGACAAGAGAUUUAAAAAAUUUCUACAUUCAAAAGAAAGUGCAAAAGCCCUGGACAUCACCAAGACGAGGGACAUCAGUAUUCCCUUGGUCAGUCUGGAUUUUUCGGAGUUUCACUGGAACACUGAGGAAGACUUCAAGCCUGUCCCAGAGUGCUGGAUACCAGCAAAGGAAAUAGAAAAACAAAACGGGAAGCCAGUGCCUGAUGAAAACGGACACAUCCCUGGUUGGGUACCAGUAGAGAAGGGCAGCAAGCAAUAUUGCUGGCACUCGUCGGUAGUGAAUUACGAGUUUGGAAUUGCCCUGGUACUAAGGCACCAUCCUGAUGAUCCCGGGGUUUUGGAAAUUAGUGCUGUUCCCCUGUCAGAGCUUUUAGAGCAAACCCUGGAGCUGAUAGGCACGAGUAUCAAUGGAAACCCCUAUGGGCUGGGAAGCAAGAAAUCCCCGUUACAUUUUCUCACACCACACGGAGCAUUCCAGGUCAGAAAUCUGCCCACACUGAAACACAAUGACCUGCUGUCCUGGUUUGAAGACUGCAGAGAGGGUCAAAUUGAAGGGAUUGUGUGGCAUUGCGGUGACGGCUGUUUAAUUAAGGUGCUCACUUUAAUUUAGGCCAGUAUACAGUGGCUUGAAUUAUCCUAUCACACCCUAAAGCACUCAUCUUUCAUUUCUACUCUGCUUGUGUUCAGUCUUCACAACUGACUUAUUACUUCCUGCGUAAUGCUGUUCAGGUAUGAUAAGACGUGCCACGCUACAGCCCCUUCUUAUCUCCCCAUCACCACUCCUUUACCAUCUGAGAAAACACACUGUCUGGUUGUUGUGUGACUGUUUAGUUCUAGGGAGAUAUACACGAAUGCCUACUUCCCACAGACACAGGUACUGAGGACAGACCCAGUAGUGAACCAGGGACUUUACUGGGGUUACUUACAGGAAUAUGGGUAGGUAGCUGCUUACAAGGAGCAAUGUGGACCCAAAGGCUGCAGCAUCAGUAAAAAGCCCUCCCAGCUUGAGUGAUGACUCACGAAAGCAGCAUCCUGGGGACUCCUGGGGACUCCUGCACAUUGUGCAGGCUGCUCCCAGCCCCUCAAUUGUGACCUUGCAGAAAGUUUUGGGAAUGUUGAGCUUUAGCGCCUGUCUUAGUCAGGGUUUCUAUUCCUGCACAAACAUCGUGACCAAGAAGCAAGGUGGGGAGGAAAGGGUUUAUUCAGCUUACACUUCCACAUUGCUGUUCAUUACCAAGGAAGUCAGGACUGGAACUCAAGCAGGUCAGAAAGCAGGAGCUGAUGCAGAGGCCAUGGAGGGAUGGUCCUUACUGGCUUGCUUCCCUUGGCUUGCUCAGCCUGCUCUCUUAUAGAACCAAGACUACCAGCCCAGAGAUGGUCCCACCCACAAGGGGCCUUUCCCCCCUUGAUCACUAAUUGAGAAAAUGCCUUACAGCUGGAUCUCAUGGAGGCAUUUCCUCAACUGAAGCUCCUUUCUCUAUGAUAACUCCAGCCUGUGUCAAGUUGACACAAAACUAGCCAGUACAGUGAGACGUGUGAAGUUUGUUUACUUUCUGGGUCUUAAAGAGGCUCCAUCUAGAGUGCUUGUUUUCAUGUGGAGGAAACAGCUACCCAGCAACGUCCUAACCAACUGUGAUCCCAGACUACCCUACCAUUCUGCCACUAACAUUCCUUUGGUGACACUAGAGUCAGGCUCACACUUACUUUUUCUGUAGUCACUAACAGACUAUAUUCAUUAUGUUACUGGCACUUUUCAGGUAUUGGCAGAGUAAACAAAACAUUUGCUCUGCCUUCAGGAAGCUCAUAUCCCAAUGGGGAAGACAGACAGCACUGUCAAAAGAGCAGCUAUGGAACUGAACUAGAAUGAGAAAAGGUAGACCCUUACAGUGGACCUGGCAGGUAGCAGUAUUCACAAGUAUAAGUUACGAUGCUGUUUUCGACUAAAGUUAAUACCAUCAUUUUUUUCUCCUUACAGGUCCAUCGUCACCAUCUUGGUUUAUGCUGGCCACUUCCAGAUACUUACAUGAAUUCCAAACCAGUUAUUAUUAACAUGAACCUGAACCUGAACAAUUAUGACUGUGCUUUUGAUAACCAGUCUUUGUUUAAUCAGUUUUCAAAAAUAGAUAAACAGAAAUUUGAGAGACUCAAAGACAUAAUACUUGAUGUAUAAAAUGGAACUAAUUGUUGAGAUUAUUGUGAUUUUCUAAGACUGAAUAGUUUGCAUUUAAUUUUGCUAGCUGUUUGGCAAAACCUGUCAACUUCUAAACAUGUUUCUAGGUAUUUAUAGAAAUCAUCGUUAGGAUUUGACUAUCUUAACACAAAAAUAAAUAUAAAAUAAUCAAUUUUAAAUAGUAAAUUGAUAUAAGCUUACCUUUAUGCUUUUUGAAAAUUUAAGUUAUUAUGAAAAUAGUAAUAUUUAUCAUAGCUCAUUGUGCACUGUAUAGUCAUAAAUUAAUGAAGUCUUCAAAAAUAUACUUUUCUAACAAGUUAAAACUAAAUAUGAUUUUUUUAAACAAAAAAAAUACAAUAUUUUGAGCUGUAAAUUCUAUAACACAGAGACUGCUUGAUUUCCAGCUGAAACUUUUUUCACUCAUAAAAUAGUUUUAAACCUGCAGUUACACGAGGGCACUAAUAAAUAGGGAAACUAUGAGGACUUUCUCCAUCUUCCGAGUGUUCAGAAGCAGCAAGAGGACUAGGCAGUUCAAAUCCAAACUGUUCCGACAGUUUUUUUAGCUUCUCUUCUAAUAGGAUAUUCUUUUUCACUUCUUCCUUAUAAUUAUACUUCAGGUCUUCAAUUUCUUCAAAAAAUGAAGGAUCAAAAUUUUCCAGUUCUUUUUUCAGCUUUUUAACUUCCUCCUAAAAGUUACAUACAGGAUACAUGUUUUUGGUUUGAAAUUUUAGAUUUAAUUAUAAACAUAAAAACUCAAAAUCUUAAAUGUAAAUAUUUUUCUUUAUAUUUUACUGUUCAAGGUUCCGUUGUACCAUGUGAAUAAUGUAGAAGCUGCCAUCUUUAGCUAAAUUAUAAGAUUAAAUCUUUAAACUGCCUCAGAUAUUCCCAGGCAAGCGAAAGGGACUUUGCUUUUUUACAACAACAUUCAAGAGUUUUCAGUAUUUAUAAUGUUCUAAUUUUUUAUCUUUUAUAUAUAAUACUUAUGAUCAUGGGAACCCUGGGACUUGGAAAGGUUAAGCACCUGGUGAAGUGCAUGCUUACAGCAUCUACACAGACCAGUGACGAGCAGCCAGACCACUAAAUGAUUUAAGGGAAAGAUCCCUGAAAAUAAUUUCAAAAGGGACUUAGAAAACACUUUCCCCACCAUGACCCACAAAUUAAGAAAAUAGUUUAAAAAAACUAUUAAGAGAUGUGCAUUGGUUACAAUUUAAAAAUAAAUUUAUUCUCUAGUA